AUUUGAAUAUUUCUCUUUGUUAUAUAUUCCUUGUUUGACAUCAAUGUUGAUGAAAUGGAACAAUAAUUAUUUCGGGUUUAUUUUCAGAACUCUCAGCCAAAAUCAGAUACGUGUACUCGGAGAGUUCGAUCUGCGAUAUUUGGAGCACCUCUAUAAAUUAAAUCUGGCAAGGAAUAAAAUCAGCUUAAUAGAAAGCGGUGCCUUUUCAUGGACGCCCCAUUUACAGGAUCUAGAUUUGAGUGGUAAUGGACUGGCGGAAAUCCGCCCGUCAUUUUUUGACCAGCUUCACCACCUUCACAGGCUUAUGCUGUCCUACAACAAUAUCGAGUAUAUUGAAGCUGGUUCGUUUGCAAGCAUGAACGAACUAAACAUAUUGAGCCUGUCGCAUAACAAGAUACCCGGUCUCAUGAAAGGAACGUUUGACGGCCUGGGGCAGCUGACAAUGCUGUUUCUGAUGAAGAAUGACAUAGGAACUAUAUCUGAAGGUGCAUUCGACCCGCUGUCGUCCCUGCAAUCGGUAGACAUGACGCUAAAUCCGUUUCGGCAGAUACCCAAGGAGACAUUUACGAAGAUCCACGGACUUAAGUUCAUCUACUUUGAAAAGUUUUACAUGUGUGCCUAUGUACAAGACGUGGUGUGUACGCCCGAUGGAGAUGGGAUAUCCAGCAAAGACAACCUUCUGGAGAAUGUCGUGCUUAGGAUCAGUGUCUGGGUCGUGGCAGCUCUUGCUUGCGCUGGAAACAUCGUGGUGCUUCUUGGGCGGUUUCUUCUGAAGGAGGACAACCAAAUUCACUCAUUCUUCAUCAAGAACCUUUCUCUGGCCGACAUGCUGAUGGGCAUUUACCUUCUAAUCAUAGGUUCCAGGGAUAAAAUGUACAGAGGUGUAUACAUGUUCCACGAUGAAGACUGGAGGAACAGUUGGGAGUGCAACGUUUCUGGAAUCCUGUCCACAGUCAGCAGUGAGAUGUCUGUGAUGACUCUGACUCUGAUAACAAUGGACCGAUACAUGAGCAUCAUGUAUCCGUUGUCUUUCAGGAAGCGUGGUCUGAAAGUGGCAUACCUUGCCAUGGGGAGUUUGUGGACGAUGGCCAUUCUUAUGGGAGUUAUACCUGUUCUUGGAUUAGACUACUUUGGAAAGUCGUUCUAUAGUGAUAAUGCUGUGUGCAUUCCGUUACAUUUACACGAUCCCCAUGUGAAAGGCUGGGAAUAUUCGGCCAUUCUAAUACUUGGGGUGAACUCGGUGUCUUUUGCUUUCAUCAGUUAUGCCUACGCUGCUAUGUUUCUGUCCAUACAGAGGACAGCAGUUCCUCUUCGGACUACGAGAGAAAGCAGAGACCGGUGUUUGGUCAAGAGGUUCUUCUUCAUUGUUAUUACAGACUUUGCCUGCUGGGUCCCUAUUAUAAUCAUCAAAAUACUUGCUCUUUCUGGUGUAAAGAUCAGCGGUGACCUAUACGCCUGGGUCGUGGUGUUCGUUCUGCCCGUGAACAGUGCCCUCAACCCGCUCCUGUAUACAAUCACCACCAAGCUGUUCAAACAGAAACUCUUCUCCAAGUUUUCUUCCGUUGUGUGGAGACCACAGGUCAAUAAGGAGUCUUCACAGUCUUUGUCCAGUGCCAGGGCAAACCGGACGUCGGUCAGUCAGCGUCAUGUCCUGAAUGACAUGGAGAUGCAGUGCCUUAGGAAUUAUCGUCAUGGAAAUGAAAGAUUGACUGGUCAUAAAAAGAAAUCCAUUUUGAAAAAUAAACUCAUCAAGAAGUGUGACGUAUCAGAGCCUUUAAACGAGGAAGUGAAUGGACAAUUGUCUCCACGAGACGAACCCACAAAACAAACAUCUGUGGCGGGGUCACCCCCUUAG